GUCACACACUUGGCACGUGAAUUAAUAGGCGGUAUAAAAGACCAAGAGAAGCAUGAAUCUAAUUCAGUUAACUUAAGUCGAUUGUUCGGGUUACGUGGAUACUUAAAAAAAAAAUAUUGUCACCAUGUUGAAAUCGGUUGCCAUUGUUUUGCUUAUUGUUUCGGUUGCAUCAGCCAAUCCAGCUUUCUUGAAAUCACUCCUUUCUGGCGGUGGUUCAGGCGGUGGUUCAGGCGGUUUGGGCAAUUUGAAAAGUAGUUUGUUCGGUGGUUUAGGCAGAAAUUCAGGCUCAUUCGGAGGUUCAAGCGGUUCAUCAAGCGGCUCUGCUCAAGUUGUUCAAGUUGAAUAUUUACAAGCACCACAACAGCCAGCACCAGUACAAUACUCACAAGCACCACAACCACAACAAGUACAAUAUGCACAAGCUGCCCCAGCACCUCAAGUUGUCCACGUCCAAGUUGAACACGUCUCAGCACCACAUGUUCAAGCUGCAGCUCCUGCCGCAGUCAACUACCAACAAGCCCCCGCUGCCGUCCACUACCAACAAGCACCUGCUGCCGUCCAUUACCAACAAGCACCAGCAGCUCCAGUAGCACCUCAAAUCCAAUACUUCCAAGCACCAGCUCCAGUACACUACCAAGCAGCUCCAGCUCCAGUAGCUCAAGAACCUCAAGCUCACUACGUCCAAGCUGCAGCACCAGCUCCAGUCCAUUAUCAACCAGCCCCAAUCCAAUAUCAAGCACACACUUCAGUUGCUGCUCCACAAGUUAGUUAUGUGCCACCACCACCAGCCGCCCCAGUUGCAGCCGCACAAGAAUUUGGUGGAUACCAUUAUUCAGCCCCAUCCGUAGCCACACCAACAUCGGUCAAAACAUUCAUCAUCCAACCAGUUUCAGCUAGCGGAUCAGUCGGAGCUAGUGGACCAUCAGGAGGAUUCGGAGCCAGUAGUGGUUUCUUCGCUGGUUUGAAAUCUUUGAAAUCAUGGUAAAUCGCUGUGAAAUCAUUGAAAGAAAAAAAUUCGUUGGAAUAAAAUAAAAAAACCUUUUAAAAAAAAGUUGAGUCGUUUC